AUGGGAGUAAGUGUGAAGAAUGUUUUACGUGAUCUCUACUAUUUUCUAGAAACACCAUGCUCGAACCAACCUUGUCUUAAUAAUGGAACCUGUGAUGCUUUGGGAUCAUCGUAUGUGUGCCAUUGUCCAGAUGGAUACAAAGGGUCAAACUGUGAAGAAUAUGAUAAUUGUGGAAUAAAUAGUGACUGUGUCGACAACACAACAUGUCCCAGUGGAAUUUACAAACUACAGUUAACAAAUCUUACUGACGUGUAUUGUAAUAUGGAAGUAGACAAUGGAGGUUGGAUUGUAAUUCAGAGACGAAUGAACGGUGAGGUAGAUUUUUAUAGAGACUGGAACUCUUACAAGUACGGCUUUGGUGAUCUAGAUGGCGAGUUUUGGUUAGGAAACGAACUCAUACAUGAAAUAACAAGUCGAGGAAACUACAUGUUAAGAAUAGAAUUUGAAGAUUUUGAAGGAAAUAGUCGUUUUGCAAAAUAUAACACCUUCGUAGUUGAAAGUGAAAGUUCUGAAUAUACAGUACGACUGUCUAUUUCUAGAGAAAAUGCAGGUAAAUAA